GACUGCAGACAUUUUUUUAGAGAGAGAGAGAGAGAGAGGGAGAGAUCCAAUCUCGCCUAUAUCAUCCGCUUGAGUUGUUAGCUAGGGUUGAGAGUACUACUUGAGGCCAAAAGAAAGCAACUCCUUCUCUGGGGCUUCUCUUGAUUCAGUUACUAAUCAAUACUCAGUUUGGGACCGGAGCUUUACUUUUUCUGGGCUUUACCCAAAACAAAACCUUUCUGGGUCAUAGAUCAUUGAAAGAUACAGAGAAGGGAAACCUGCGAUGCUAGAAAGGAUGGCUGAAGAAGAACUUCCAAAUGGUUUUGUCCAAAACACAAUUGCUGAACCCAAUCCUACUGUCGCAAAGAAGAAGAGAAGCCUCCCUGGCACCCCAGAUCCUGAAGCUGAAGUCAUCGCUUUAUCGCCGAAGACCCUUAUGGCCACCAACAGAUUCUUGUGCGAAAUUUGCGGGAAGGGUUUUCAAAGGGAUCAAAAUUUGCAACUCCACCGGCGGGGACAUAACCUUCCAUGGAAGCUGAAGCAAAGGUCCGUCAAAGAACCAAGGAAGCGAGUUUAUGUGUGCCCUGAAAAGACCUGCGUCCACCACCACCCUUCUAGGGCUCUUGGAGACCUAACCGGUAUAAAGAAGCACUUUUGUCGAAAACACGGCGAGAAGAAGUGGAAAUGUGAGAAGUGCUCAAAGCGGUACGCUGUGCAGUCAGAUUGGAAAGCGCACUCCAAGACUUGUGGCACUAGAGAAUAUAAAUGCGACUGUGGGACUAUAUUUUCACGGCGAGAUAGCUUCAUAACUCAUAGGGCCUUCUGUGACGCCUUGGCCGAAGAAACAGCAAGAAUGAAUGCAGUAUCCAACAUGAACAACGCAGUGGCCGGCAAUAUCAACCACCAUUUCAUGGGAAUACCACUAGGCCCUAACAUGGCACAGCAUUUGCCCUCUAUUUUCAAGCCAAACGUAGGCAGUGAUGACAUAAUUAAUCCGACGACGCGGGGACUAUCCCUGUGGAUGGGCCAAGGAUCCCAAGGCGGCCACGAAGUAAUGAGCACCAGCAAUCUCCAAGGGAUUCAUCAACUUGGACCGUGUUCAGGGGCGAUGUUUGCAGAUCCAUUCGUGUCGUGCUCGAAUCCUCCACCAUCAGAAUAUCAUCUAAAUUUGGUGUUCGGAACUAAGCUUUCUUCUAGUUCCCCCGAAGAGCUAUCAAGCACUACUUCACUUCCGCUAAGCGACGUGAAGGAGACUGGAACUCAGCUUUUAAGUGUUCCUUCCUUGUACAGCACCCAACACCAGUCCCAUCAAACACCUUCAGCAAAUAUGUCGGCUACGGCUUUAUUGCAGAAAGCUGCUCAAAUUGGUGCUACUUCAACUGAGCCGUCAUUCCUUGGGAACUUUCGGUUGAAGUUCAAUGCAGACAGUCAAGUUCAAUAUGGUAACAAGUUGUGUGGACUGUAUGGCUCAAACACAUUAGUUACUAAUCUCGGGAACAAUGCAGAAAAAUCGGGAGGGGAUCUGUCGCAGAUACACCCUGCGAAACGCCGGCGCACGCAGAAUGAAGAUGGUGCUGGAAGGCAAACUAGGGACUUUCUGGGUGUGGGUGUACAACCCAUCUGCCACCCUUCAUCAAUCAAUGGAUGGAUUUCGUCAUAAGGGAAUUUCAUGGAUUGCAGUGCGAUGGAAAGUUGAUGAUAAUAAAGUGAAGUUUGGAGUUGGGGAAAGAAUAUUUAUGUAUUUAAUUGGUAACUUUGCAGUGAAUGAAAAGAAGGCAUUGAGUGCUUGAUGCAUGGGGGCAAAAAGUUCAGUGCUCAGAAAAAUUUUAAGAGCUGAAGGAGGAAGAUCCAUGCAUAUUCUCUUGAACCCUUGAAAGCUGAUCCCUUUUCAAAAUGGUGGCUUUUAUGCGAUUAAAGGGGGUGGAUCAGUAGUGGGGAAAAAGCAAGAGCUCCUUUUGGACUCCAUUAUUGCAUUUUUUUUCCUAUCUGUUAUGGUUUGGUACUGCUUGUCAAACUGGCUAGCUUAAGAGAAAAUUUCCUGUGGGAAAAAUUAGCUUAUAUAAUUCUAGUACAUAUAGGCUUUAGCCUAUUAUAUAUUGCUUAAAAUAAACCAUUGUAACUUUUUAA